AUGCUGCAAGAUAAACCUAGGUUUGGUACAUUGAUGAAAGACAAACAUGUAGAGAAUGAAACUACGAAAAAUAAAUAUGUGAAAAUUAUAUAUAUGAAAACCAAGCAUGUAGAAGGUGAAGCUUUCAAACCUUUGGAAGAUAAGUUUAAAGAAGACAAACAUGUAGAAGUCGAACUUGUAAAAGAUAAAUCUGUGAAAAGUGGUGAUAUAAAAGUUGAGCUUGUUGAUAUAGAAGGUGAAGUUAGUGAAGCUGUAGAAGGCUCUAUAACUCUUGAAAGCAAUAGUGAAAUUAAUAUACCUGUUUUUGGGUUGAAGUUAGAAGGUCUUGACCUUAAUAUAAAUCAACCUAUAGAAUUAUCUUCUCGAUACUCUGAUAUCAUUUUACACGACAAUACUUUAAGAACCAAUAAAUAUAAUUUUUCUCUAUCCUUAUUCAUUCUUAUUAAUAAUGAUGGUAAAUUAUGGUUGGCAGCACAGGCAUUUUUAAGCGAUGAAACUCAGAAAAGCUAUGAAUGGGUCCUACAACAAACCUUGGAUGCAACUGCUAAAUCAUUUAUAAGUAGAAUAUUUACAGCAGGCAUGCAAUCUACCUUACAUGUUGAAUCAAUUAAUACUAUUAUUCAUAAAGCAGUUGAUUCUAGCUCUAGUAUGUCAGAUGUAGUUGAAGCUUUAGAGCUUCAUAUUCAAAGGAAAAAAUUAAAUAAAAGUUUUAUAGAAUGGAAGCACAAAUCAAUAAAAAUUAACAAACAAAUAUGUGAAUCGGUACUAUACAAAUGUGAAAAGUUGGAUAUUGAUCAUGCUCUUGAAGGUCAAUUAGAUUCAGAUGAAAAUGAACUAAUUAAUAAAAUAACAGAAAACAUUGAAGAUUUUUAUGAUUAUCGACAAACAUGUUUAAAAGAACUUUUAAAAUCAGUCUCAAAAGAGGCAAUUAAAGAAGUCUGGAAGGUUAUUCCAUACAUGGCAUCAAAUUUGUACCAACAUAUUGUUAUGCUUAAUGAUGAUGGUUACAUGAUGAUGCUUGAAGAUAUAUUAAUUCAAUAUAUGAUGAGCCAUUUAUUGGCACAUUAUCUUUGCAACAUCAAGGUUAGUAGUAAUAGAAAACAACAGGCAUCUUAUGAUACUGCUGACAGUGAUGGUGAAACUAGACAUAGAUGUAGAUUAUGCAUAAAUUAA